AUGCCAGAGUAUACACUACUGGCUGAUAAUAUAAGAGAGAAUAUUGCCCAUUUCGAUCCGAAUGAUAUAUUUGAUAACUUGCACACCAUUGUUCAUGAGGAUGACAACCAACAUAACGAAGAGGCAGAGCAUUUCAAUUAUGAUCAAGUGUUGGAUAAAUCCCUACUGUCAAGGAGUUCUAUUGUCGGACUCGGUUUAGGAUUAAUGAGUCCGGUGCUAGGAAUGUGCACUAGUAUGGCUAUAGGCCUGAUUAAUGGUGGCCCUUUCACUAUAAUGUUAGGUUUCUUAAUUAGUGGUGUGUGUAUAUGGUUCUCUUCACUUUCUCUUGGUGAGAUUGUUUCUAAAUUUCCAAUGGAACUACACGUUGGUAGUGCCAUGUUGGCCCCAGAAACCCUGAAAUUGGUAUGUUCAUGGUACACUGGUUGGUUAAUGCUCAUAGGGAAUUGGACAAUGAGCACCAGUAUUACUUUUGCAGGUGCUCAGUUAACUAUUUCUUUGAUUUUGAUGACAAACUCUGAUCUAAUAUCUGAAGCACAUUUGAUUUUUUACACAGUCAUUGUGUUCUACCUGGUGGUGACUGCUGUAGGUCUUGUGAAUUUGAAAUUCGCAAGGUUCAUUGAAAUAAUAAACAAAGUGUGCGUUUAUUGGAUCAUAUAUGCCAUUAUAUUUAUCGAUAUUCUUCUACUGGUAUUCCACAAAGGUAAGUUUAGGUCUUUGAAAUACGCACUAUUUCACUUUGACAACAAUCUGUCUGGGUACAAAAGUGCAUUUAUUUCCUUCAUCAUUGGAUUUCAACAAUCCAAUUUCACAUUACAAGGGUUCAGUAUGCUACCUGCUUUAGCUGAUGAAGUUAAAGUUCCUGAGAGAGAUAUUCCGCGUGGUAUGUCCAAUGCGGUAUUAUUAUCUGCGUUCUCUGGAGUAAUCUUUCUUAUACCAAUAAUGAUAAUUCUUCCUGAUAAUGAUUUACUUUUUACAAACCAUAAGGUUCUGCCAAUUGUGAACAUUUUUACAAAGUCAACCGAUUCGGUGGUUCUAUCAUUUUUUUUGGUACUCUUAAUUUUAGGAAAUUUGUUAUUCUCUGGAAUUGGCUCGAUUACUACGUCAUCUCGUGCUGUUUAUAGUUUUAGUCGUGAUCAGGCUAUACCAUAUUAUGAUAAAUGGACUUAUGUGGAGCCAGAUUCACAGUCAAAAGUUCCAAAGAAUUCUGUGAUAUUGAGUAUGAUAAUAUCAUACUUCCUAGGACUACUUGCAUUGAUUUCAACGGCUGCAUUUAAUGCUUUUAUAGGGGCUGCAGUACUAUGCCUUUGUUCUGCAACUUUUAUUCCGUUGGUUUUGGUGUUGUUUACGAGAAGAAGAGCCAUUCGAAGUGCGCCAGUGAAAAUCAGGUAUAAAUUUGGUUGGUUCAUCAACAUCGUUUCUAUCGUGUGGUUAUUGCUGUCUAUGGUUUCAGUUUGUUUACCAACACAAUUACCUGUAACAUUUAAAACGAUGAACUAUGCCUUAGUGGUCUAUAUAUUCUGUAUUUUGGUUAUUACUGGUCUUUACUUCAAAUGGGGGAAGUACAAUUUCAGGUUGCCUUUGGCAGAUGACAUUAAAGCUCCAAUUCCCAGUGAUCCGGAAGAAACUGUUUUUGAACUGGAGAAUAGUAACGUUGAGCAUACUCUGAACUCUGAAGCGACAGUGAAAGAAUCCGUAGAAGACAUCUCAGAAGAAAGCCUAAAUAAACCUCGUCCUAGAAGUAGUUAUGAGAAUCCCUUCGAAGAAAAUGAAGAGAAUGUCAUAGCCGAAUACAGUGAUGAGUAUUAUAAAGAAGUACAAGGUUUUGAUCUUGCUGAUGAUUGUAGGCAUGAUGAUAUAUAA